AGGCUCAAGUAGGGGACUUCUUGAAAAAGAAGUUGAGGGACACUCAUUAGAUUGACAUCAACGUGAAUUAGGGAGAUUGUCGAGAGAAAUAACAGCUCGGGAGUACAGUGGGAGAAAAAGUUAAAAAGCGGUAGACCCCUGCCUAAAUCGGGAGUGUUGGCAGGUCUGAGUUAACAGAUAAAAAAUAUAUAUACACCUCACACUGUACAGUCACUUAAAAGCUAUCGGCACAUAAUUGUUAGUUAAUUUUUUUAUUAAGCGAUAAAUUUUGCUUUUUAACCAAAGAAAACGUUUAGUUUAAAAAAAUUAAUACCUUAAAUUAAAUUUAAAAAACUUUGUAUUAUUUUAAGGUAUUCAUUUUUGAUUGCAACAUGUUUGUUUUGUGCGCGUGUGAUUUCUCCCGCCUCCUCGGGGACCCCAUGCGUGUGAUGUUGCAGUGACGUAACGUUGUAGUGGCUCGUGUCUCCAGCAGCAGGUCUUCAUUCAGUCCUCUCCAGAGUCCCAGACCGACCGGAACUAACGGACCCUAACGGACUUCAGAGCCUGGAGUUUUUUGCAGUCCGGAGUGGACUAACAUUGCGUGGGCAUGUCUUUAACUCUUCUUCCUCGGUUCAGUUUGGAGUUUUCGGUCCUGAAAGCUGGUUUGUGAGUUUGAAUCAGCGGGGCAGUGUUUGUUUUUCCACUAACUCAGGAAUGUAACGUUGGAUCAUAUCACCCACCAAGCUGUAUUUUGAAUUACUUUCAGCUCUCUAAUGGAGAUAGAGACCCUGUUGGACAACUUUAAGUGAUUUUACGGAUUUAAUUUACGAGUUUGGAGCGGACUUCUCUCAUCUGGAGUAUUUUUCUCUCUUUUAACAGCGAAUAAUGUGAUUUUUUUUUCAACAAUUUCAUCGAUAUGGUGGUGUUCAUGUGAGACUAAAAUCAAUGAUGAUUUCGGAGGAGAGAAACAGUCCUGUGAACAAACAGGCUCUGAACUUCCCUGUGGGUUUGCUGAUCCGCUCUCCAAAGAAGAGACUCGCCAAACUGGGGAGGAAACCCAGCAAUGGAUCACUACAGUCCAGUAACUCGGACAGCAUCGUCCGCUCCUCAGACACCGCCGGGGUUCGCCAGCCAGCCAAAAGUAAAAUCCGCCGCCACAACAACAGGCUCUCCAGUGUUUUUAACCACAGUCCAAACCUGCGGGACAGCAGCCGUCGCGGCCCCGCAACGGGCGGGGGCAGCCUUGCUGGUGAUCUGCAGGCAGCAGAUGACCCAGCAGAGCUGUCCAGUCAGGUGUCCGUCCCCGGCAUCCUGAAGAUCUUCGGCAGUGACAUCUGCCAGGGGACUCACUAUAAGAGCGUGCUGGCCACCACUCAGUCCAGUUCCAAGGAGCUGGUGAAGGAGGCCUUAGAGAGGUACUGUCUGGAAAAAGAAGACCCCCGAGACUACGUGUUGUGUGAUGUGAUCGGACAGACAGGGGCAGAUAACCAGUGGAGGAGGGAGUGUUUCAGAGUAGUGGGAGACCACGAGAAGCCCCUCAAACUGCAGUCUCUGUGGAAACCAAAGGAAGGCUUCUCCAGGCGCUUUGAGAUCCAGCUGAGGGCGAGCGUGGAGGAGCAGAGCCUGAAAGAGCGAGACACAGUCACAGCAGGGAUCAACGCUCAGGCUCGUAAGCUACAGAGGGGCCGCUCCCGGGUGGCGUCUCUGUUUGUGGACAGCAGCGGGGAGGACGUGGACGGAGUCAACGUAUGGAGGAGUCUGAGCGAGAUGGACCUGUCCGCCAUGGGGAAGGAGGCGGAGCGAGCGCGCAAGAGCUCCUCCCUCAGAGAGGACCCUGAGCCAGAGGCCGAUAAGGAGGAGCUGAGGCUGGGUCAGGAGAAGGAGGAGACGGAGAGCAGCGACGAUAACACUACCCAGUACUCCAUCCACCCACCAUUCGACUUCCCAUACUUCCUGCUGCUGCAGGGCUACAGCCACAGACAGGACUUUGUGAUCUACCUGAUGAGCGGGACCAGCACCAUUUUCGGCUGCUGCAGAGAGCACAGUACAGGUGAGGAUGAGGAGCGGCUCAAGGUGGACAUCCUCCUCUUUGCUCCAGAUGUCUUACCUCAGCACUGCUGCAUUCGACGCCUGGACUCUACCGUCCCCACUAUUGCAGGGGAGCCCAGAAAGACCCUGACUCUGCUGAAGCCCCUCCACGGGGGUCCUGUCACCAGAAACGGCUUCCUGCUCAAGGAGGAGGAAGAGCUGAACCCCGGGGACCUGGUGGGUUUAGGGAAACACUACCUGUUCCUGUUCAAGGAUCCCACUUGCACCUCAGGACCCCUGCAGACCCCUUCCUGGAUGAGCAGACUCUGUCCAAACUCUGACUCUAAGACUUCUUGUUCAUCCUGUGGCUCCUCUGUGGGAAUCAGAAGGUUCCAGAAGAAGUCUUUACCUCCUCGAUGGAGGGACCUUGAGGGGACAGAGGCGGUGGUUGUGUAUGAGCUAUAUCAGGAGGAGCAGGUCCUGCAGGAGAUUAUGGACAUGUCGGACCCCAGAGGAGACGAACCAAAGCUUACACCUGCCUUCCUUUUAAGCCUGUGCAUCCAGCACUCCACCUCCACCUUCCCGCUGACUCACCUGAGACAGCUGCUUCUCCGCACUGCCAACCAGAUCCAGCUGCUGACCUGGGACAAGACAAAAGAACUUGCAGCAAUGCAGCCUGAAACGAUCUCCUCUGAGGUUCAGUCAGAUCUUCAGCAUCUCAGCAUGUCAGAGCUGAUCUCAGGUCUGCAGCCGCUCGUUCUCUGGAUGUCCAACUCCAUCGAACUACUGCACUUCAUCCAGCACAGCGUCCCCCAGUUGAUCCAAAGGGAGGGGGAGGAAGCUGUGUCAGACUCUGAGAUGUUCUCCACUCGGACGGCCUGUGAGGAAGCCAUGACGGUUCUAGAGGAAGUCAUCAUGUUCACCUUCCAGCAAUGCGUCUACUAUCUCACAAAGAGCAUGUACUCGUCCCUGGCCGGCAUCCUGGAGGGGAACCCUUUCUCAGAGAGCAGUCAGCUCAGGGUACCCGAAGGACUCAGCAGCAUCCUGGAGGUUUUGAAGGAGGCCUUGAAUCUCCUGACAGUUUUCCAAGUCCAUCCAGACAUCUCCUUACAGCUGUGUGCUUACCUGUUCUUCUUCAUCAACGCCUCGCUGUUCAACACACUCAUGGAGAGAGGUUCUGUUUCUGGGUUCUACCAAUGGUCCCGGGGGGUUCAAAUCCGGGCCAACCUGGACCUCCUGAUGGACUGGAUCCAAAGCGUUGGGCUUGGAGAACUGGCCUCCGAGUUUUUCCUGAAGCUUUCAGCUGCUGUCAACCUGCUGGCCACACCCAGAGAAACCCUCCUACAGGCAUCCUGGUCGUCCCUCAGGUCUGAGUUUUCUGCCCUGAACACGGCUCAGCUGCACUACAUGCUGAAGGAGUACAGCUCGGGUAAAUCCUGCCCUCCCGGCUGGACGCCGUCAACGGGAGAUGUGAAGGACGCUGUGAGGACAGCCGACAUCCUGCAGAGCUUUGACAGUCACCCCCCCCUCGUCCUGCCGGCUUCCUCCUUCCACCUAGAGCUUGGGAAACCCCUCGCAGACCCCGCUCUCUUCACACAGCUCACUCAUCUGCAGGAGUUCAUCCACCGUCUCCCACACCCUGAAACCAGACCUGAACCUGGACCUGAGUCCGUACCUGAGCACUGCAUGGAGGACCAGACUCUCAGCAGGACCUCAGACAGCCCGUCUACAACCUUGACCCCGCUUACAUCCCUCCAGGAUCUGACCCAUCAAGUGGACUCUGACCCAGUGACCUGCUCCUCCCCCAAACCGGACCGGAAAAUCCCCUCAGAGCCGGCUCAGACACGAGGGUCUCAUGGGGACUUGAGUAGCUGUGAGGCAGUUCUGACUCAGAAGCUGAAAAGUCUGGAGCUACAGAACUCGCUGCCAGGACAGGCAGACCUGGUGUACCACAAGAGCCUGGCUCUGGACCCAUCCUGCUUGCUGACCCCUCCUAACACCCCUCAGGGCCUAGAGCUGUCUGAGCUGGAGGCCAACCUGCAGGAGGGGGCACGUCAGCUGAGGAGAGCAGGUGGACUUGCAGAGAGACAGACAGAGAACAAAGAAGAAGAAGAUGAAGUUGAAGAGGAAGAAGAAGAAGACGAGAAUGAGGAAGUGUUCACGGUGGAGCUACAGAGAGGACCUCACGGCCUCGGACUCGCCCUCGUAGAUGGAAUGAAGACUCCUCUAAGAAUGAGUGGUAUCUACGUGAAGUCUGUUGUUCCCGACUCUCCAGCAGCUCAGUGUCACAAACUGAGAACAGGAGACCGAGUCCUUGCUGUCAAUGGCAUCAGCUUGGUCGGCAUGGAGUACAACUUAGGCAGAGAGCUGAUCCGGUCCUCAGGAGACUCUCUGCGGCUUCUGAUGGCAAAGAUUGACUCAAAGACCAGCAACAAGGGCUCGGCUAUGACUAAACGCUGAAACACAGCCUGCUGAGAACCAUCACAGAGCUACAGGGUCAUCUUUAACGCAGAAUCAGAGUCAGGAUUUUUCUGCCAUACCAAAGAAACACUCCUGUGUCUAACUUCUGAAAUUCUGUCUUUUUAGCUUUGAGACAAUCAGCUUCUACAGGAGCGACUCACUGUGUUUACUGUCACAGGCAGGGUGUAAAAACAGGGUUUCUUUUUUUGCUGUCCAGCUUCUGUCAGCCUGUAAACAAACUGUACCACGAGGGAGGGAGAGUGGAGAAGAAAGUAUCCGUCUGUGGUGUUACUGAAACAUCUAUUUAAACGUCUAAGUCUACAUUUUUCUGUCUGAAAUAAACUCUAAGCUGCUUCUGGAUCAACUUGGGAUUCAUUUGUGGCAUUAACUGGAAAUAUUUAAAAAAUAUUUUUAACAUUUUUGCUUUACUGCUGUUUGAAAAACUGUGAAACUCCAUCUGCACACUGCAACUCACCUACAUUUUACUCACGAUAAUGUUCGUGUGGAAUUCUGAUUUCCUUGACACUACUUUGUCGUUUUCCAGAACAAAUAUAUUUGUUACAAUCUGUCAUUUAUUGAACUUUGAAAACGUUGAAAACGAGCAAAAUGUCAACCUACAAGCUAUUUUUGUUUCUUCUUUUUGAGAGGCUGGAUGUGCAAAGAUAUACUUUUAAUUUUGUAUAAGUUGGUUGUUGUCUCUGUGGCCUUAAGAGCCUCACACAGAUCUCUCCUUUUGUAAAAAAAAAAAAUGUCCUCAUCAGGACUGUUCACAAUAAGCAUUAUCCUUAAAAUCCUGUCUCCUCCUGUUCAUCCUAAAACCGAUCUGAGAGCAACUGGUGGUUUAAAUACAGAUAUGUAUGAAUAUGUUAAACACUGUGUUUAAACCACCAGCUGCAGCCUGUGUGUGUUUUCAGCUCACAUGUUGACAGUGUAAGAAUUAAAGAAACAGUAUUCAUUUUUGUAAUAUUUAUAUUCACAGUAUUUUUGAAAGUAUGGAAUAAAUAUUAUUUUUUCCUCAAGAA